GGUGGUGGCGGCGGACUCGGCGGGACCGUGGGGAGGGGCGCAGACACUGGAAGCCCGGGCAGCGCCGCGCGGCCCUGCCCCGCGGCUCCCCCGGCCUCGCGCUGCGCAUUCUCUCCUGGCGGCGGCGCCACCUGUCGUAGCGUUAGUUCGAACAUGGCGACGCGGAGCAGCAGGAGGGAGCCUCGACUCCCCUUCCUACUCACCCUGGUCGCGCUGCUGCCGCCUGGGGCUCUCGGCGAGGUCCGGACGCAGACGCUGCACGGCGGCAGCGCUCCCUUGCCCCAGGACCGAGGCUUCCGCGUGGUUCAGGGCGACCUGCGGGAGCGGCUGCUGUGGGCGCGCCGGGACACCCGGGGGGGAGGCGAAAAGCCUCCCCGGAGCAAACGGAGCGCGGCUCUGCAGCCGGAGCCCAUCAAGGUGUACGGACAGGUCAGCUUGAACGAUUCCCACAAUCAGAUGGUGGUGCACUGGGCUGGAGAGAAAAGCAACGUGAUUGUGGCCUUAGCCCGAGACAGCCUGGCGCUGGCAAGGCCCAGGAGCAGUGAUGUGUACGUGUCUUAUGACUACGGGAAAUCGUUUCAGAAAAUAUCAGAGAAGUUUCACUUUGGUGCGGGAAACGGCAGUGAAGCUGUGAUCGCCCAGUUCUACCACAGCCCUGCGGACAACAAGCGGUACAUCUUUGUGGAUGCUUAUGCCCAGUACCUCUGGAUCACAUUCGACUUCUGCCGCACUGUCGAAGGCUUCUCCAUCCCCUUCCGGGCAGCUGAUCUCCUUCUGCACAGCAAGGCCUCCAACCUCCUCCUGGGCUAUGACAGGUCUCACCCCAACAAGCAGCUGUGGAAGUCGGACGACUUCGGCCAGACCUGGAUCGUAAUUCAGGAGCACGUGAAGUCCUUUGCGUGGGGAAUUGAUCCCUAUGACAAGCCAAACACCGUCUACAUCGAACGGCAUGAGCCAUCCGGUUACUCCACCGUUUUCCGAAGUACAGACUUCUUCCAGUCCCGGGAGAACCAGGAAGUGGUCCUUGAGGACGUGCGGGACUUUCAGCUUCGGGACAAGUACAUGUUUGCUACUAAGGUGGUGCAUCUCCUGGGCAGUCAGCAGCCACCUUCCGUGCAGCUCUGGGUCUCCUUCGGCCGGAAGCCCAUGCAAGCAGCCCAGUUUGUCACAAGACACCCUAUUAAUGAAUAUUACAUCGCAGAUGCCUCUGAGGACCAGGUGUUUGUGUGUGUCAGUCGUAGUGACAACCGCACCGAUCUGUACAUCUCAGAGGUGGAGGGCCUAAAGUUCUCCCUGUCCUUAGAGAACAUCCUCUAUUACAGCCCCGGCGGGACCGGCAGUGACACCCUGGUGAGGUAUUUUGCAAACGAGCCGUUUGCUGACUUCCACCGCGUGGAGGGGCUGCUAGGUGUCUACAUUGCCACCCUGCUCAAUGGCCCCAUGAAGGAGGAGAACAUGAGGUCUGUCAUCACCUUCGACAAAGGGGGCACCUGGGAGUUUCUUCAGGCCCCAGCCUUCACAGAGUAUGGAGAAAAAACAGAUUGUGAGCUCUCCCAGGGCUGCUCCCUGCACCUGGCCCAGCGACUCAGUCAGCUGCUCAACCUCCAGCUCCGGAGGAUGCCCAUCCUCUCCAAGGAGUCGGCGCCUGGUCUCAUUGUUGCCACAGGUUCGGUGGGAAAGAACUUAGCAAGCAAGAUGAAUGUGUACAUCUCCAGCAGUGCAGGAGCCCGGUGGCGAGAGGCGCUCCCUGGGCCACACUACUACGCCUGGGGAGACCACGGCGGCAUCAUCAUGGCCAUUGCCCAGGGCACGGAGACCAGCGAGCUGAAAUACAGUACCAACGAAGGGGAGACCUGGAAAGCGUUCACCUUCUCUACACAGCCCGUGUUCGUGUACGGGCUCCUCACAGAGCCCGGCGAGAAGAGCACCGUCUUCACUAUUUUUGGUUCCAACAAGGAGAAUGUCCACAGCUGGCUGGUCCUCCAGGUCAAUGCCACAGAUGCCUUGGGGGUUCCUUGCACUGAGAACGACUACAAGCUGUGGUCGCCGUCCGACGAGAGGGGUAGCGAGUGUUUGCUGGGGCACAAGACCGUGUUCAAGCGGAGGAUCGCCCACGCCACCUGCUUCAAUGGGGAGGACUUCGACAGGCCAGUGGUCACUUCCAACUGCUCCUGCACCCGACAGGACUACGAAUGUGACUUUGGCUUCAAGAUGAGUGAAGAUCUGUCACUAGAGGCUUGUGUUCCAGACCCUGAGUUUUCUGGGAAGUCAUAUUCCCCUCCUGUGCCGUGUCCGGUGGGCUCUACUUACAGGAGAACAAGAGGAUACCGGAAGAUUUCCGGGGACACUUGCAGUGGAGGAGAUGUUGAAGCGCGACUGGAGGGAGAACUGGUCCCGUGCCCCUUGGCAGAGGAGAACGAGUUUAUCCUAUACGCCACGCGGAAGUCCAUCCACCGCUAUGAUUUGGCCUCUGGAGCCACCGAGCAGCUGCCGCUCACCGGGCUGCGGGCCGCGGUGGCCCUUGACUUUGACUACGAGCACAACUGCCUGUACUGGUCUGACCUGGCCUUGGAUGUCAUCCAGCGCCUCUGUUUGAAUGGGAGCACAGGGCAGGAGGUGAUCAUCAACUCUGGCCUGGAGACGGUCGAAGCCUUGGCCUUUGAGUCCCUCAGCCAGUUACUUUACUGGGUGGAUGCUGGCCUCAAAAAGAUUGAGGUGGCCCAUCCAGAUGGUGACUUCCGACUCACGAUCAUCAACUCCUCUGUGCUCGAUCGGCCCAGGGCUCUGGCCCUCCUGCCCCAGGAUGGGGUGAUGUUCUGGACCGACUGGGGAGACCUGAAGCCUGGCAUUUAUCGGAGCAACAUGGAUGGUUCUGCUGUCCAUUGUCUUGUGUCAGAGGAUGUGAAAUGGCCCAACGGUAUCACCGUGGAUGACCAGUGGAUCUACUGGACAGAUGCCUACCUGGACUGCAUUGAACGAGUCACUCUGAGUGGCCAGCAGCGCUCGGUUAUCCUGGACAACCUCCCACACCCCUAUGCCAUCGCGGUGUUUAAGAAUGAAAUCUACUGGGAUGACUGGUCACAGCUCAGCAUAUUCCGAGCUUCCAAACACAGUGGGUCACAUGUGACCCUCCUGGCCGGCCAGCUCACGGGGCUGAUGGACAUGAAGAUCUUCUACAAAGGGAAGACAACGGGAAGCAACGCCUGUGUGCCCCAGCCGUGCAGCCUGCUGUGCCUGCCCAGGGCCGACCAGCGCAGGAGCUGCCGGUGUCCCGAGGGUCUGUCCAGCACUGUCCUGCCCUCUGGCGACCUGAGGUGCGAGUGCCCUCGGGGCUAUGAGCUGAGGAACAACACCUGCGUCAAAGAAGAGAGCACCUGCCUCCGCAGCCAGUACCGCUGCAGCAACGGCAACUGCAUCAGCAGCAUCUGGCAGUGCGAUUCGGACAACGACUGCGGGGACAUGAGCGAUGAGAGGAGCUGCCCCACAACCGUCUGUGACCUGGAUACACAGUUCCGCUGCCAGGAGUCGGGGACCUGUAUCCCUCUCUCCUACAAGUGCGACCUUGAAGAUGACUGUGGAGACAACAGCGAUGAAAGUCACUGUGAAGCGCACCAGUGCCGCAGUGACGAGUACAGCUGUAGCUCUGGGCUGUGCGUCCGUUCCUCCUGGGUGUGCGACGGGGACAACGACUGCAGAGAUUGGUCCGAUGAAGCCAACUGCACGGCCAUCUACCACACCUGUGAGGCCUCCAACUUUCAGUGCCACAAUGGGCACUGCAUCCCCCAGCGGUGGGCCUGCGACGGCGACGUGGACUGCCAGGACGGCUCCGACGAGGAUCCCACCAGCUGCGAGAGGAAGUGCAAUGGGUUCCGCUGCCCCAACGGCACCUGCAUCCCCUCCAGCAAGCACUGCGACGGCCUGCGGGACUGUGCAGACAGCUCUGACGAGCAGCGGUGCGAGCCCCUGUGCACACGGUUCAUGGACUUCGUGUGUAAGAACCGCCAGCAGUGCCUGUUCCAGUCCAUGGUGUGCGACGGCAUCGUGCAGUGCCGGGAUGGCUCCGAUGAGGACACGGCGUUUGCAGGAUGCUCUCAAGACCCCGAGUUUCACAAGGUCUGCGACGAGUUCAGUUUCCAGUGCCAGAACGGGGUGUGUGUCAGCCUGGUCUGGAAGUGUGACGGGACGGACGACUGCGGCGACGGCUCCGACGAGGCCCGCUGCGAAAACCCCACGGAAGCCCCAAACUGCUCCCGUUACUUCCAGUUCCAGUGUGAGAAUGGCCACUGUGUCCCAAGCCGGUGGAAAUGCGAUGGGGAGAACGACUGCGGGGACUGGUCCGACGAGAGGGGCUGUGGAGAUUUCCACACUCCUCCGUCCCCCACUCGGGGGCCUGCGACCUGCCCCCCGAAUCACUUCCGCUGCAGCAGCGGGGCCUGCGUGACAGGCGCCUGGGUGUGCGACGGCUACCGGGACUGUGCUGAUGGCUCAGACGAGGAAGCCUGCCCCUCACCCGCAAAUGUUACUGCUGCCUCUACUCCCAUCCCGCUUGGACGAUGUGACCGAUUGGAGUUUGAGUGCCGCCGGCCAAAGAAGUGUAUCCCCAGCUGGAAGCGCUGUGACGGCCACUGGGACUGCCAGGACGGUCAGGAUGAGGCCAGCUGCCCCACACGUGGCACCUUGACCUGCCUGAGUGGAGAGUUCAGGUGUGAGGACGGCGAGGCCUGCACCCUGCUCUCGGAGCGCUGCGAUGGCUUCCUGGACUGCUCCGACGAGAGCGACGAGCGGGCCUGCAGCGAUGAAUUAACUGUGUACAAAGUCCAGAAUCUUCAAUGGACAGCUGACUUCUCUGGGGAUGUAACUCUGACCUGGAUGCGGCCCAAGAAGAUGCCUGCUGCCUCUUGUGUCUAUAACGUGCACUACAGGGUGGUCGGAGAGAGCGUGUGGAAGACUCUGGAGACCCACAGCAGUAAGACAAACGUGGUACUGAAAGUCUUGAAGCCAGACACCACCUAUCAGGUGAAAGUCCAGGUGCAGUGUCUGAGCAAGGUACACAAUACCAACGAGUUCGUGACUCUGAGGACCCCAGAGGGAUUGCCAGAUGCCCCUCGAAAUCUCCAGCUGUCACUCCCCAGGGAAGCAGAAGGCGUCAUUGUUGGCCACUGGACCCCUCCCAGCCACACCCACGGCCUCAUUCGAGAAUACAUCGUAGAAUACAGCAGGAGCGGCUCCAGGAUGUGGGCCUCGCAGAGGGCCACCAGCAACUUCACAGAAAUAGAGAACUUGCUGGUCAACGCUCAGUACACUGUCCGGGUGGCUGCAGUGACCAGUCGUGGAAUCGGAAACUGGAGUGAUGCCAAGUCCAUUACCACCACAAAAGGAAAAGUGAUCCCACCACCAGACAUCCACAUUGAUGGCUGUGGCGACACCUCGCUGAGCUUCACCCUGACCAUGGAGACAGACAUCAAGGUGAAUGGCUAUGUGGUGAACCUCUUCUGGGCAUUUGACACCCACAAACAAGAGAAGAGAACUUUGAACUUUCGAGGCAGCAUCUUGUCACAUAAAGUUGGCAAUCUAACAGCUCAAACAUCCUAUGAGAUUUCUGCCUGGGCCAAGACAGAAUUAGGGGAUAGUCCUUUGGCAUUUGAGCAUGUCACGACCAAAGGCAUCCGCCCACCUGCUCCUAGCCUCAAAGCCAAGGCCAUUAAUCAGACGGCAGUGGAAUGCACCUGGACCGGCCCCAGGAAUGUGGUUUAUGGCAUCUUCUAUGCUACAUCCUUUCUUGACCUCUACCGAAACCCGAAGAGUGAGACGACGUCACUGCACAACAAGACAGUCAUUGUCAGUCGGGAUGAGCAAUACUUAUUCCUGGUCCGUGUGGUGGAGCCGUAUGAGGGGCCGGCCUCUGAGUACGCGGUGGUGAGGAUGAUUCCGGACAGCAGGCUUCCGCCCCGUCACCUGCAUGCAGUUCGCACGGACAAAACUUCAGCUGUCAUUAAAUGGGAAUCCCCGUAUGACUCUCCUGACCAGGACUUGUUAUAUGCAGUUGCAGUCAAAGAUCUAAUACGAAAGAGUGAUAAGAGCUACAAAGUAGAAUCCCGGAACAGCACUGUGGAAUACACCCUCACCAAGUUGGAACCUGGAGGGAAAUACCACGUCGUCGUCCAGCUGGGGAACAUGAGCAAAGAAGCCAGUGUGAAAGUCACCACAGUUUCAUUAUCAGCACCUGAUGCCUUAAAAAUCAUAACAGAAAAUGACCACGUUCUUCUGUUCUGGAAAAGUCUUGCUUUGAAGGAAAAGUACUUUGAGGAAAGCAGGGGCUACGAGGUGCACAUGUUCGACAGCGGCUUGAAUAUUUCAGCCUACCUUGGGAAUACUACUGACAACUUCUUUAAAAUUUCCAACCUGAAAUCAGGUCAUAAUUACUCCUUCACUGUCCAAGCAAGAUGCCUGUUUGGCAGCCAGAUUUGCGGGGAGCCCGCCAUCCUGCUGUAUGAUGAUUUGGGGGCUGGCCAGGAUGCGUCGGCUGUCCAGGCGGCCAGCUCUCCUGACGUGGCUGCUGUGGUGGUGCCCAUCUUGUUCCUGAUUCUGCUAAGCCUGGGGGUCGGCUUUGGCAUCCUGUACACGAAGCACCGGCGGCUGCAGAGCAGCUUCACGGCCUUCGCCAACAGCCACUACAGCUCCAGGCUGGGCUCGGCCAUCUUUUCCUCCGGGGACGACUUGGGAGAGGACGAUGAAGAUGCACCGAUGAUCACGGGCUUCUCAGAUGACGUCCCCAUGGUGAUGGCCUGAGAGAGCCUCUUCCCUCCCUCGAAGCCAAGUGGCGUGAAUGUUUUAUUUGACAGAGAGUUGAUGGUUUAUUUUACAAGAUGCACUUUGAGUUGCAAUGUUAUUUUUAUAUGGGCCAAAAACAAAACAGAAGAAAGGAAUGAAUAGACCGUGUAGCAAUCACCUGUGAGCUGGAAGCCAGGCUGGUUCAGUGGCUAUGUGGCUUCGAUGCACCGUCACAGGGCUCACAGAGCUGUGCUUGCUGGCAUGCUUCCGAGUCUGUGAGACUGGCCAGUCUUGUUAUUUUUCUAAGACACAGAAAUGUAUUUAAUAAAAACUUCAAGAGAGAGUGGUGGGUGGAGUCCCUCCUCCUUGAAAUUAUGCUUCAAAUUUUUAAUUUUGUUUGAGUUUAGUUUAUAUGGAAGUGGUUGGUGGGAGAAGAUGCUUCUAUGUCAUUUUGUUAAUUUAUUGGGACUCUGUACGAGGUCAGGCCGUGGGGUCACCUGACACCACAUGUGUUCUGAGCCCAGAGCGUGGGGGGCGGGGACGAAGCAGUGUGCUGCCAUCUGGAAACGAUCCUUCUCUGUUGACUUGUGUGUCACAUGGUGGUGCCGGCGGAGAGUGCUGGCGGCACGGCUCCAUGGUACUGACCUGGAGCUGCCGCCUGGGAAGCCCUGUGACCUUCAGUUUCUGCUCACAGCCACGGCCGGAGUCUUGGUUGCUGCCUCCUGCAAGAUGUGACUUUUAGAGCUGCAAUGUGGUGUCACUGCUUCCGUAGACAUGGUGUCCUCGUCACCACAGGCAUUGCUUUGGCUAUGGGAGAGAGCCGUGGACCUGUGUCAAGACAGAUGUCAUGGACAGCACAGUACCUAAACUUUUGGUUUUUGUUUUUGUGUGUUACUGAAGAAUCUCAAGAGUAAAGUUUUGUGUUUGUGUUGAGGUAACCACUUGUUGUCCUUCAAAAUUCAUACCAAUAAUGCAGUCAUUUGGAUCAGUGCAUCCUCUUUGUUACUUUUCUUCUACUUCCCUUGCCCAUAUGUCUACCCACCUUAAAGAGAAAGUGCUGUUUAUUCUUAUAGAGGUACAGGAGGUCCAUGAACUUGAGACCAUUCAAUCCCACUCACAGAAGCAGCCACACUACUCCCUCCCUGUAAAGGCCACCCCUGUGUUCCAGGGGUGGCCACGUGGUGGGGAUGAGGGCCUCCCUGUGGCUUGGCAUCCACCCUUGAGAGUCGCUGUUGUGGCCCCGGGGCCCAGCACAUGGUGAGCCCUGCGGCUGAGCCUCCCUGCAGCACACCCUGUGAGCGGGAAGCGGUGAGCUCUGGGCACAGGCCAGUCCGCUUUGGGGCAGUUCACGCUGGCCCAGCUUUCGAACACAGCCUCUCUCCCAGAUGUGGUGAGCUGCCUUCUCUCAAGUGCAUGCUUUCUUUUAACCAAAAGACUCAUUCUUGGGUUACAGCACUGUUUUCUUCUACCUAGGGAUUGUUUGGAAAACAGAGCCAAUUAAACUUAAUUUGAAAAUAUAUAGGGUGGGGAAAAAGUAGGUUUAUCAUUGGACGUAUGGAAUAUAAUGCAAUGACUGACAAAUUGUACAAGAAUAUGCUCUGUUUCCCGCCCUCACAGCUGCAAGCCUUUCCCCUACCUGCAGCCAGAAGUGGGACCACUUCUAGCCGCAGACGCCAGCAUGUCCUGCAGUGACAGUCUGCUGCUCUGCCGGUGGUGGUGGCAGCAACCGGCUCCUCCAGCGUGCCUGCUCGUCCUGCCUGUCAUUCUCCUUCGUACCUCUUUUACACACUGGAAUUCCUUUGUCUUUGUCGUGUCUUAUUGUGGAGUUUGUUCACAACUCCAAGCCCAUUCCUGCCCACUCCCACCCCUUAUUAAGCUGUGUAAGUGGCUGGAAGACCAGCAGUCUGAUGGAAUGUAAGUCUUUUACUUGAACCACUAGGAAGUAUGUUUUCUCCUCUUUUUCUGCCAGCUGACCGGUAACAUUGGUAAAAGCUGACACAAAAGCCCUGAGACUUCACUUUCCAUUAUUCCAUAGGCUGGCCUUGUACAGAACGCACGUCUCCAGUCGGCGCCCUGAGCUGUUCUGAGUGUCCAGUUGUGACUACCAGAGCUUCCCAGUGCUCAGUCACGUAGCGCUGUGCAGACUGGCCAUCCCCACACUGUGCCCCGCCCCCAUCCCCGGAAAGUGCCACUGUGCUGUCAGGAGCAGCAGCCUUUCAGAGCUGGAAUAUUUUAUAUAAACAGAAGAGCUAAGUUGGUGAAGACUCAGAUAGAUGCAGCUAUGUGUAGAUUGUAUAUUUUUGUGAACUUUGGAAGCAUGAACUCUUAUUCCCUCUGCACAGCUGUGUGGGGUUUUGAUGUACAUAUGUUCUCUGCAGGAAUCCAGAGGUUGGAGUGACAGUAAGAAAUGAAAACAAAAACUGUGUGUGCCCUUUGAGAGGGACCAGAUAACUGCCUUCACUGUGACCAGUGGAGCCCCCAGUUGGUGAAGAAGGGGCCUUUGCACCUUGUUGGAGGUGCCACCUCAGAAGUUCACACUCUAGGGCACAGGAUUCAUUCUCUCCCAGGGCAUACUAGACGCACAUCACAAGUGUGUGCACACACAAGCCCCUCAGUGUGGCAGGCAGGGCAUUGUGCACAAGCUUCCUCUGGAAGCCGUCUUUGCCCCUUUGUGCACUGAAUGCCAUUGAACCUUAGAAGACGUGGGUCCACACAGGUAAAAUGCUAGAGAGGAGAGCUCCCCAGAGAAUCCUGGGAGGGAGGUGCUGUGUCUCUGUAGACCUGUUCCCAGGUAGGUGGGAAGCUCCAGCACCUGCUGGCUGCCCCGGCAAGCUGAGGAUACAGUCGUGAUACUGCGGGGCAGGCUGCAGCCUCUGACCUUGGGGAGAAGGGUUCCUGGGUUGCACUGUGGCCGUGGCACUCAGGGUGGCCUGGAGGGACACAGCUGUGCAUGGUCUCUCCUGCCCAUCAUGUAUGGCCCCCUAGAUUCCACUAUACUUAAUUUGGGGUGGGACUGGGGAGACAGAUGGUGUUGUGUGGCCCUUACAGAGAGCCGCCCACUUCUCCUUAGAGAAUCUUGCCUGCCAGCAUCCCCCAGCAGUCCCUUCAUCUAGCAAGAUCAUAUUUCUAGGACUUCCUUGAGGGCAGAAACCCAAUCCCACUAACGGGUCAUGAUGAAUUCCUGAGAAGGUUUUUCUCUUCUUUCAGCAGGGAGCGGGGCAGUCCUUUAGGGAACAGGUCCAGGGUUGUAGAAACAAGCCGAAUGCCACCUCCAUAUGUGGUUUUAGGAACCGACUGCAUCGUACAGAAUCUCUGCUUGAGCUGGAAUCAUACCUGGACAUUAUGUUUUUUUUUCUCAAUGGGAGUGUGUGCUGCCUUUCAGGUACAAUUUUUGUGUAAUAAAAGCCAGUGCAUUUAGUUUAUACAGAAUACUUUCUAUGCAAGACUGAGAUAUGGAAUAAAUACCAGGAGAUAUGUACUGUUGGGUACAGGACGAUAAACAUAUUUUCAAAAGGGGCAUCAGCACUGAGCUGCGCCUGAGGAAGGACAGGUUGUGUGUGUGGCCCUGCCCACCUACCCUGAGCAGCCGUGCCAUGGAUUAAGUGUCAGAGUCAGAUGACCUGAGUGGCACUCGCCUUCUGUGUAACAGCCCAAGUGGGGUGAGUGUGAGUGCUGAAGUGGGGCGGUGUGCUCAGACGUUCCGUGUCCUUGUUCCAUUUAAAGACUUGUUGUGAAUCAUUAGAAACUAAGCAAAAUCAAAAGUAUUUGCAGCAAAAUAAAAGCCUACUCUGCUCUUAUUUAAAGUGAAAUGCUGUAUACUUGUCUUUCUCCAAAGUGAAAAUAGACAUUUAUGACUUCAAUUGCCUUGAUAAGUUUCCAAAUUGCUGAUUUAUGCUGAAGAUUUUACUAUAUUGUUGCACAACUUGAAGAUAAUGUCUGUCUCAAUGUCAACUUUUUUCACCAAAUAAAAAUUUAACAGUGAAGAAAA